AUGGCACUACCACUACAGGAAGUAAUAUCACCACCGCAGAAAGAGACAUCACCGCCCCAGGAAGAGACCUCAUUGUCGCAGACAUCACCACUGUCACGGGAAGAGAUAUCAUUACUGCCGCGGGACGAGAUAUCACUACCUCACCGGGAAGAAACAUCACUAAGCAAAGAAGAGACAUCGCCACCAGAGGAAGAGAGAUUGUCGAGACAGCAUCAUGCGCCCAUUGUGAGCGUAGCUGCGAAAGCUCUGGCAGAGAAGGAUAUCCCAUUCGUGGAGUAUGGGGAGCAGAUACAGUGGCGCUACGGAGACCCUGCGGUCCUUCUGCGCGUGGAGUGGGCAGUCCCCGAUGCACUGCUCUCGCUUGCGUCAGAGAUUCUGUCAGACCUGGGUUUCCCUCAUGUGCCCCUGUCCACAGGAGCCGCUGCUUACUACGGAGAAUGGGACCGAGCUUGCAUUAUCCACAGGUUGGGCGAGAGAUGUCCGGUAUAUCUCUACCCGCUGUCAUUUAUCGGCCUUGAGCUUCAGGACACCUGCAAAGUCACAUCCACCUUUGACCGCACGCUCGAGAUCUUGACGCCCAAACCCAACAAAUAUAUGGUGUCGUUGCUUCGUCAUCUCCUCAGCCACCCGCUUAACGAUAGCUUCAGACUUCGAGUAAAAGAUGAUCCACUGUCUUUUAUAUGCUUUUACAUUUUGCGUGAAAAUCCCCUGAAGACGAAGGAUGGGGAAUGGGAUGACGAUGAGAGCGAAGAAGAUUACCAAAAUAGAGUUGGAGAAGCACUGAAGGAAAUGGGAACUUGGGAUUGGGGCGCUGGUGGAGAGGACUAUCUGAGAAUUUCUGUAUCUGUGAUCCGAGACUGUCGAUCUAUUGACCGGCUAGGAGGACUCAGGUACGCGCUGAAAAAAUAUCAAUAA